UCCGGUCGGGGCUGAGGGGAGGGCGGGGGAGGAGGGAGGAGGUUGGUGCCCAAUCCAAGAUGGCGGUGCAGGAAUCAGCUGCUCAGCUCUCAAUGACUUUGAAGGUGCAGGAGUAUCCCACUCUCAAGGUAUUGUAAGCUAACACAAUUGACGAGAGGAAGCACAUCAUUUUUCUGACCCUUGAAAGGAGAGCGUAGUUCUGUAAUGGUUCCCCCCACCUAAACUGGUGCCAUAUGAAACACUGAACAAACGGUUUCGAGCUGCACAGAAAAACAUUGAUCGAGAGACCAGCCACGUUACAAUGGUGGUGGCAGAGCUGGAGAAGACGCUGAGCAGUUGUCCUGCUGUGGAUUCAGUUGUUAGUCUCCUGGAUGGAGUAGUUGAAAAACUCAGUGUUCUGAAACGAAAGGCAGUUGAAUCAAUCCAGGCUGAAGAUGAAAGUGCAAAACUCUGCAAACGUAGGAUUGAACAUCUGAAAGAACAUAGUAGUGACCAGCCAGCUGCUGCAAACAUGUGGAAGAAGAAACGUAUGGAUCGUAUGAUGGUGGAACAUCUUUUACGUUGUGGCUACUACAAUACGGCUGUAAAACUAGCAAGACAAAGUGGUAUUGAGGACUUGGUAAAUAUUGAGAUGUUUUUGACUGCUAAAGAAGUGGAAGAGUCAUUGGAAAGACAAGAGACCAUGACUUGCUUGGCUUGGUGUCAUGAUAACAAAUCCAGGCUCAGAAAAAUGAAGGGGCGCCAAAAUGAGAAUGAACCGAAGAUGGGACGCAAAAGUAAAUCGGACAGUGAUUACUCUAAAGAAAAUGAUGAUCUUGUUAUGGAAACCAUUAAAGGAAAACCAGAAUUGAGCUGUCUGGAGUUCAGCCUAAGGAUUCAGGAGUUCAUUGAACUCAUUCGACAGAACAAGAGACUGGAUGCUGUGAGGCAUGCGAGAAAGCAUUUCAGUCAGGCUGAGGGAAGCCAGCUGGAUGAGGUUCGACAAGUGAUGGGAAUGUUGGCCUUUCCUUCAGACACCCAUAUCUCCCCCUAUAAGGAUCUCUUGGACCCUGCUCGAUGGAGAAUGCUGAUCCAACAGUUCAGAUAUGAUAACUACAGACUACAUCAGCUGGGAAACAAUUCUGUUUUUACUAUAACACUCCAGGCAGGCCUUUCAGCUAUAAAAACACCACAGUGUUAUAAAGAGGAUGGGAGCUCAAAAAACCCAGACUGCCCUGUGUGUAGCAAAUCCCUGAACAAGCUGGCUCAGCCUCUGCCUAUGGCACAUUGUGCCAACUCCCGACUAGUCUGCAAGAUUUCGGGGGAUGUAAUGAACGAAAAUAAUCCUCCUAUGAUGUUACCAAAUGGAUAUGUCUAUGGAUACAAUUCUCUGCUUUCUAUUCGUCAAGACGACAAAGUAAUUUGCCCAAGAACCAAAGAAGUCUUCAACUUCUCACAAGCUGAGAAAGUCUACAUCAUGUAGGUCCGUAAAACACGUGCUGAAGUGCCGCUGGAAUUUUGACACAGUGUAUAUUGGCAGACCCUGUAAAGGGGGGGGCCUUAAUGUGUGGCAAAGAAGCAAAACCUGCCACCUUGGGGAUCAGACCUGUCGGUGGCAUUAUUGUUUCUUGCGACCAAAGAUCAAUGAGCAACAAUAAACACUCUUUAAAAAAAAAAAAAAAAAAGAGAGGAAUUAUGACUUAAGUUUGUACUUGAAUAAAAACAAAAAAGAAAUUUUGAUUGUUAAGGUUUUGUAACGUAAAGUCAAAAAUUGGACUCUUCUCAAAAGUACUUUCAUCUUCUAAAGGAUAACUUUCUUUAAAGAUGGACGCUUGCACUGGGGGAAAAGUGACAACAGAUUCAAAAUUAAAUCCAUUUUUCUUCCCUCUUUUUCACAAUUGUCCAAGACCCUUUUGUUAUCAAAGAUUUCAGUACUACCAAUAUGUUCUCCUUUAAGCUCCUCUUUGCCUUCUUUACGAUCCUCUCGUGAAGUAAUCCUGAACGUGAAUUAUGUAACUUAUUUCCAUGGGAAGACAUUGAUGUCUUUGACACAAGACUGGCUUCUCUGGAGGAUCAACUGGGGACUGGUUUGAAGGAGUAUGAAGUCUUUUUUCCAAACCCAAAUAUUUUAAGGAGGUUACAGAAGUAUCAAGAGGAAGUGAGAACAUUUCAGGCAAAAUCCAAUGCUUGUUUAAAUGUUCUUUUUCCAGUCUACCAUAGUGUUAAAGUCCUUCUAAAGUUAUUAGUUAUGUGCAUAGGGUUCAAUAUGAAAUCAUUAGUGCUACUGCCUUAUUUCUUGCUUUGAGAAUGUACUCACAUGAAAAUGAGCUGGUAUUCUUAAGUGUUGGGCGAAGUUUCUGAAGAUGCCUUGCAGGAUGAUUACAUAAUUUUAGGGUCUAAAUAGUAUUCAUUACUGAAACUAAUAGUUCAAUUUUAACAACUACAGAACACAUCCUUAUGACUUUUCAAAAGAAUUAAACCAUUGUAGUUUAAACAAAACCAUAUUGUAGAGGUUUGUAUUUAGCGCUUAUUUUUGCAUGUUGAUGUUGAUUAGCUAAUAAAAGAUUGUAAAUGUAAAACAUGUUAAUAAAGAUUGUUUUCCAUUUCUUGAU